UUUGCACAGAGGAAGCUCAUGACAUUCAGCAAAGCAGCACGAACGAAGUUCAUCAAGUUUUUAAUUAGGCUUCGCUUCUUGUGAUUCCUCGAAAAUUUAUAUCAUUUCAUACGUUCGUUCUUGUUUUCAUGUGACUUUACUCUUCUCUACCGUGAGUCUCAUCAAUUUCGUAGAACGCUAUGUUAACGAUCCACGUAUCAUAUAUACACCUUCUUCUCUAGCCGUACGUACCACCACACAUCACUUCAUCCCACUUCCUAACUUAUAUAAUUUUACUACUCAGAUCACAAGAGUAUAUCAUGAAGUCAUUUCUUCUCCUUGUCCUAUUCCUCUCUUUCUUUGUCGGCUCUAUCUUCGCUAGUAGGCAUUUUCCGACGCACCCCUAUCCAAGUCAUAAUAAUCAUCAUGUCGGAAUGAAGCGUCAGAGGAGGCCGGACACGGUGCAGGUGGCAGGGUCUAGGCUGCCGGACUGCUCACACGCGUGUGGCUCAUGCUCCCCAUGCCGUCUUGUGAUGGUUAGCUUUGUGUGUGCAUCUAUAGAGGAGGCUGAGACUUGUCCCAUGGCUUAUAAGUGCAUGUGCAAGAACAAAUCCUACCCCGUCCCAUGAUGAAUGAGCCUCUCUCACACUUAACUCUAUGCAUUCAAACGUUUUGUUUCUUUCCUUUUGCUUCUUCGGAUAAAUGACCAUGUGUAUGUAUAAAAUGCAUCUUUUCCUUUUUUUAA